UGGAUGCAAACUGUGGCCUGUGUGUGAGAGACUCAAUGGGAGCAACCAACCAAUUGGAUUUAUAAUCAGGAGUAGCAGUUAUUCUCGACUUAUCAAAGGACCUUCAUGAAUAUGGCAUUGCGAAGACAGUACUUGGUUUUGGUUCUCAUGCUUAGUGCUGCUUGUUACCUGCAACUGUUACUCCUUAUGCAACAGACCGACUUCAACCCGGACGAAGACAUCCUCAGGUCUGUCAGGUUACCUGGGCCAGAUGGGUUAAGGCAACCCAGCCCCUCGAACAUCUCUGGUGACAAAGAAGAAAAGGAAGCAGAGAGUUUGAACCGAGCUGUGACUCCAAGCAUCAACGCCAUAGUGAAACAUCUCCAUUCAAGGAAUAGAAUCAUGUUAAUACAACGUAAACCAGAUGGUAACUUCAUGGUAAAACGUCCCAGUUCAAGGGGUAACUCUAUGGUAAUACAACCUAAACCAAAUGGUAAUUCCAUGGUAAAUGUCGGCGAGUCAAGGAGUAACUUUAUACUAAACAAUAGUAAGAACGUUAUAUUAUUUAAGACUAAGCCACAUGUUCUGGACAAGAAGCUUCGAGAACUCGAUGCAAAGUCCGUUCUGCUGAAGAAAGAGAUUGAUCUUCAGAAGACUCGGGACGCCCAGAGGAUUACCAAGACCCUAUCCCACCGCUGCCAUCGGAAAGUUCACCUAUGGGCCAGCAGAGCCGGUGAGUUGGGAUUCAGUGGAGGUCAACACCUGAUACAAUGCCCUAGAAGUGUCUGCGACGUGGAGCUAACCGUUGAUAUGGAUUUCGAGACGAUGCAGAACAACGAGGCACUGGUCCUCUUUCAUUGGUCUCACUGGGAUUGGGAUAAGAUGCACAAUCAUCGACCACCAGCACAGAAGUGGGUGUUCUAUACGCUAGAGAGUCCUCGGCACACUCGGCCCAUUGUCAUACCACCGAAACGGUACUACAAUACCUCUUAUGACUACAUUAUGACGUACCGAUACGACUCCGACUUCCGCGCGGACUAUGGGCAAUACAGACCAGGGAAACCUGAGAUAGAUCCAGAGGACAAUAGAAACUGGGCGCAGAAUCGGACCAAGUUGGUGGCGUGGAUGGCGUCGAACUGCCAAAGGACAUCUUGGCCAAGGGAAGACUUUGUUGAGAGACUUGCAAGGCACGUACCCGUUGACAUGUACGGCCGCUGCGGUAACCUUACCUGCAAGGCGGGAACCAAGGGGUGUGACCGAACCCUGAGGCAAUACAAAUUCUAUCUCGCCCUCGAAAACAGUGAAUGCACCGACUACAUCACUGAAAAGUUCUGGAUCCAGUCUUUCCUGCGGGAAUUGGUCCCGAUCGUCUUUGGACCACCAAGGAGCGACUACGAGAAAGUGGCGCCUCCUAAUUCGUUCAUACACAUCCAGGACUUCCGAACGACGCAGGAGCUGGCCGACUAUCUGCAGAGGGUGGACAAUGAUGAUGCCUUGUAUAACACGUAUUUCCAAUGGAAGAAAUUAGGGUCUUUGAAACCGUACGGGACGGAACCGAACAUUAUGUGUCAGCUCGGGGAUCGGUUGGAGGCCGAUGAGAGGGCGUUGCAGGACGGGACGUAUGUGCCAUCUAAACAGAAAGACUGGAGAGUUUGGUGGAAGGAGUCAUGUAAACGGAGAGGGGAAAUACCCAAAUAAUGUUUUCACUGAUACAGAAAACUUUUAUUAGUUGGGGAUAAUGAUAGAGAUAAUGAUAGUCAUAGCUGAAAGAGGCUUAAAGAGAAGGUUGAGUUCUGAGAAGAGGUAAAGAAAUAAUUGGUGAGCGUUAUCAUUGUUAUGAUGCAAGCGUGGAAGAACUUCAGAUAAAACAUGUUUCCUGAAAUGACUUCAUAUUCUAAAUAUUACAUGUAACAGCGUAAAAAUCGGGAUGGAUUUUUAUGCCACAUGUUUGUGUUGUCCAAUAUAUAUCUUUCUGUGUACAGUGCUUGUAACUUCACCAAGACUGGGUCAAAUUUUGUAUCAUUGUGAUGUUUCCAGAACCUUGCAGUACACACCAAUACUUAAAUGCUACAUGACCAACUCUUUCUGAGCGAUUCCACACCGUUUCUUUCACAAUGUAAUCGCAUGACCAGAACUCAACUUUAUCUUUAAAGCUGCAGGAUAUGAUGUGUUUGCCUGAAUGGUUGUUACGAAAUUAAACAUUCUUUUACGCAUUAUUUCAAUUACAUAAUUGAACUCCUGCUUAGAGUGUGCUAUUGUUCAUCAACUUGCCUGGUAGAAUUGUAAGUGCAAUACAUCGGUCAAAAUGUUACGUCACAAAGACUUGACCUAAUUUAUUCAGAAAUGCUGACAUCAAUACUCUGUUGUGUAGAUUCUUCCAUUGUUGCAGAAAGGGUGAGAAUUCAUAUUUAUUGUUCAACUUGCCCUGUUCGUAGAACGGAUCGUUGGAUAGGAAUAUCAUGGCAAUGCUUCGGCUUAGUAGACCGCAUAUUCGAUUCGUCUGUGCCUGAAUAUAUUUAUUAAUUUAUUCAUAAAAUGAGACUACCUGCAAAAUAUGUAACUCAAUCAUCAUACGUCGAUACUAACCUUGCAUUUUGGUUUCUAAUAAAAGUGAAAAUAAAACAAUUGUUUUAAAAUGA